AUGGCUUCGACAAUACCGCUGAACGGAGUGGCUGGUGCUGCUGCUUCCGGCAAUGGCGGCGGCGACGCCAUCCUCAAGAUCCACGAGGCCCUCAAGAUCGUCUAUAGCCCGCAGUCGACCAACCAGGCCCGACAAGAGGCCCAGGCCUUCCUCGAGAGCGUUAAGUCGCUGCCAGAGGCGCCCGAGCAUGGCUUCAACCUCGCCUUCAACCAACAAGAUCCGAUCGUGCGUCACUACGGUCUCUCUCUGCUCGAGCAUGCCGUCAAGCAUCGAUGGGCCGACUACACUCCCGAGCUUCAAGAAUGUCUGCGCAACUACAUGCUGCGCCUGACCAAGGCGAUCACCGAUCGCGAUCCACUGUACUUGCGGAACAAGAUUGCCCAGCUAUGGGUUGAGAUUGCGAAGCGCGCCUGGGGUGCUAGCUGGUUGGAUAUGGACGCCAUGUUGGUGCACCUCUGGCAACUACCUGGCUUCGUGCACAAGCUGUUUGUCCUCAAGGUCCUCGAGUCCCUUUCCGAGGACAUUUUCAACAGCGAUGACGUCGUUGUCGCCCUGCGUGAGGGGGCCCUUAGCAAGGCCUGCGUCGAGAUCUUUACUCCGGCGGCCAUCCUGUCCGAAGAGUUCCCCAACCGUCAAAAGAACCCCGAGGUGCGCUUCCAGGCUGAAGGGUGGCUACCGAGAAUAACACAGUUUAUUGGCGAGUGCCUCAGUGCUGGUGUGCAGAGCGAGGACGUUGCUGCGUGCGCAGCCAAGGCACUCAACGUCCUCACCUCGGUCAUUCCUUGGGUUAUCCCCAAGGCCAUCAGCGCUGUUAACGGUCGCGGCGUCAUGUGCAGCUGUUUGGCGACGUCCAGCGUCCCCGUGCAGAAGGCGGCUCUCGAAGCGCUGUACGCGCUGUACAGCCGUUCGAAUUAUACAGAAGAGGAAUUUGUGGAUCUGGUCGUCCCCAUGUACGGCCCAGAAGCGGUUGACCUGUGCCGGCGCCUCUACGAGUGGUCGACAGUCGACGCCCACGACAUUGAUGAGGACAAGUAUCAGUUUGCUAAGAAGUUUUCUGAAAUGCUUUGCUGCCUAGGUAACUACCUGGACCGCAAGUUCACCGCCAUCCCUGUCGGGACCAAUGUUCAAGGCUUCCUAGAACUGCUGAUGUUGGUCGUUCAGAGCCAGAGCCUGGUUGUAUCCAUCCCUAUCCUUCUUACCUGGACGCGUAUCCUCUCCCAUCGCGCGCUUGGUCCUGCUGCUGUCGAGAUGCCUUUCAUCGGCAAUCUCUUGGAGCUUUGCAGCAAUCGCCUCCUGCGGUACGAGUGGCUGCCGGAAGAUACUGAGGACCCAAUCUACGUUCUCCUGAAUGAGGAUACCGACACUGUUCCCGAGCGCCACGCCUUCCUGGGAAACUACAGACGGUACUGCUGCUCGGUAAUCGAGAGCAUUGUUAACCUGCAGUUGCAAGGCGCAUUUACGGUUAUCUUGAAUCGGGCAGAGCAUGCGCUGAAUACCCUUUAUGAUGGACAGCCUCCUCUUAGCCCCGCCAACUACCAGAAGAACUCCAUGCCCGUGUUGACGGUCGACUGCCAUGCGACUGUCAUCGAGGCCGCUCUGAAGGGCUAUGACAAGUGGAAGCUCUCGCGGAAUCGAACGGAUGAGGAUAAGCAGACUUCUGCCGCGUUAGACCAGUACCUGGAGAAAUGGUGCACCCAGCUUCUGGCGAUGAAGUUUGAGGAUCCUCAAAUCCGCAAGAGGAUACUUCAACUGCUGGUCAACUUCUCGACCCGUGCUCUUGAGUCGAACCCCUCGUUCAUGCUUAAGGUGCUAGAGCAUAUACUCAUGACGUGGCCGGCGCCCCAGCCCGAGUAUCGCGUGUACAACGACGCCAUCAAGGAUUUGCAGACAGAGAGUAUGGUUGAGCUGCAACGACUGGCGUCUAAGAUGCCCGACCCUCUGCUGGAUGUCUACGAUCAACUCGAGGCCAAGGUUAAGGAAAUGAUCGCCUCAGGAACGCUGGACGAAAAGAGGCAGAUUGCAUAUCAGAGCUUUCUAUUUAUCAUCAUUCACCGUGCCACGCGCAUCGACCAGGAGGUGCGCCUGCAGCGUCUCAAUGCAUUUAUCGAGCCGGUCAAGAACCAGUGGAGGGAUGAAGCACUCAAGCAAGCGCUCAGCUCGUACGAGGGCUUCUGCCAACUGCUGGGUCUGGAUAAGGUGCAGAAGUACAUUGCGCAGCGCCAGAUUCACCAAAUUACCGAUUGGGGCGAAGUCGAUCUUGAUGCUGAGGGGUUGGCACUGCAGGCCGAGCUGGAACAGCGGCAGACGAUGCUCCCACUCCGGGUGACCAAGUCGUUCUUGACAUACUCGGUCGAGAGGUUGGAGAAGAACUCGCCUCCUUACCAGGCGUCAUGCUUGCUGUGGAAAGAUGGCUUCCCGCUCAUCCUGCCGGAGCUUCUCAAGUUCUUGAGCUAUGCCCAUGCCAGCCACAGCCCCAGUAACUGGACGCUGCUCCCAGCCGAGAUGCAAGGAGUUGUCCAUCGCGUGCUGGCAGACCGCUUCUGGCAAGCCGGCAUCUCGGAGGGCAGCAAGGACGACUUCUACGCGCGUGUGCUCGGCAAGAAGAACACUCUCGAAGGCUUGGCGUCAUCCAUCCGUGGUGCCGUCCGCUUUGUCCGUGAAACGUGCUACGCCAUUCUCUACUGCAUGACACGCCUUGAUACACACUUCUACGGCUUCCUCGAGCUGCCUAACCCCCUGGCCGAGGCCCUCUUCGCCGACUCCCUGUACCUGUCAUCUCACCAGGUGAUCAACUUGCUGACGUUGUCACGGUUCCUGGUCGAUCAUUGCCCUCUGCCGCUAAGGGAGCACUUCCUGCCGCCGAUCCUGGCGACCUGCUUCCGGCAAAUGGAUGCCAAGAUCAGCUCGGAGUGGGAGAAGCUUGGCCAGAGAGAGACCGUCCAGGCUGCGGGAGAGGAGCUGACCGAGGAAAUGAAGGCCGAGAGUAUUUUGCGCCAGCUGACUUACUCGGCUGUAGUCAUGGUCGCAGACGUGCUGGACCCUGCUCGGCCGGAGGGUCCGUCCGGCGAGGCAGAGGGAUUGGAGUCUCCGGCCGUCCCACCCGGCAAGUUCCCCCCGCUCCGCAAAUUCUGCCUCAUGAACCCGAGCAUUGCGGUCCCGCUUCUCGUGUUCUGCUCCCAUGCGAUCCGCAUGCACGACGGCCGCUGCUGCGGCGUGGUCCUGCGCGUCUUCAGGUCCAUCAUUCCCGAGUUCAGCACGCCCGAGAUCGCGAAGCUACAUCACAAGGAGCAUCAUCACCAUUUCUCAGGGUCUACGGGCACAACCGCGGCAGCUGGCGCCCCUUUCUCAGACGGCUUCGCCAUCCCCGCCGCGACGGCCCACGAAAUCCGCGAGUUUAUCUGCACCGAGGUCCUCAAGGCAGCCAUCCAGUCCCUGCACGACCCGUACUUUGUUGACUCCCAAAAGGAAAUCGGCGCCCUCAUCGCCGCCAUCCUGGCCUACUACGCCCCGCUGACUCCUACGCCCCGAGCGAUCUUGUUAUCUCUGCCGAGCGUUAAGCCCGCUGAGGUGGACAGGACGAUUGAGUAUGUGUGCAAGGGUGGGGUGAGCUCCCGGCACCAGAGGGCGAUGGUGUUGGAGCUGUUAGAGGAGUUAAAGGGUGUUAGUGUGGCCGAGAUGGGUAAGCUGGAGAAGAGUGGGGCUAGCAAGAAGAAGGGUCGGAGUAAGAUGGCGCAGGAGUUUAUGACGCCUGGUGGUGGGCAGCAACCUGGUGGGCAGGUCGGAGGUGCCUCGGGACAGAGGGAGAAGACGCCUGAUUUGGAGGGAGUUGCGGGAAUGUUCAACGAGGGUUGA